GGUUUGCAGCUAUACUGAGGAAACUUGGCAAACAAAACAGACAUGAUUCGAAGAUUUUCUGUGUCGUAAAGCAGUGUUUAAGUUUCAGACACACCGUUAUGAGUGUCGUGCUCAAUUAAACAACUGAAAACACUGUCCGUGUAGGACUGAAUCAACUGAUUUUACCAUCGCUUCACUCAGACCGGAAGUGGCGUUCAAUCUCGCGCAAGGAAACCGGCGCGCCAAAUUUCAAAGCACUUCCUGGGAAGAAGUCGCGGAAAAGUUAGUAACGAGGCAACAGUAAGAGGCAUAAUGCUCAGGUUUGCACUAAUCCGGCGUCAUAUUUAGGGAUGAAGAGCAUCUGAGGCUGACUUCAUCUUCAUCACACACCCAAAUAUACAUGUACAGCUGCCACAUCCUACUUUUAUGUGAUAAAAGUAGUUUUUUCCCUAUGAUGAUACUGUAAAACUUGUCAUUUAAUGAGUAAAGAACGUCUACCAUGGUGGGUCGUAAUCCUGCAAGCCGUUCUGUGUAAGUUCUCUACAGGAGGCUGUCAUUUUGGCUUUUUUUCCCUUGUGGACUUGCCAUCAUGUUCCCUGGAAUCCAGCCCUGUUUUCAGCUGUUGAGAAUAGGCUCGUCAAGCAGCCUAAACAGCCCGGGCGGUGCCGUUUCAGACUCGGCCCAUGACCUGUACACUUUCCGGCCGGCCCUCGCGCACUCGGUCUUCAGGUUGGGGCGGCUGGCUGAGUUGUGUGACGUCACUCUGGAGUCGUCCACCAUUUCACGUAUACAUGCCGAGCUGCACGCUGAGAAACAGAGCGACGCUGCAGGAGAGGAAAGCUGGCAGGUCCAAGUGAAGGACCGAAGCAGCUAUGGUACGUGGGUGAACGAUGUCCAAAUCGAGUCGAAUGUCUUGUUGGAGAUAUUUGACGGUGACACGCUGACCUUUGGUGGCCAAACAGUGCAUGGAAACCCAGAGUUCUACUUCCUUUUCCAGAAGGUCCGGGUCAGUCCACAGGACUUUGAUGCCAUAACUGUCCCAAAAGCAAGCUCUUUCUCAUCUAAUAUUAAUAACCGGAUCAGAACGAGUCUGGACUGCAAACAGGAGCCCAGCCUCGACAUUUCUAACCUGUCCAUCAACAAAGCCACGGUCAUUCUCAACUCCAUCGGCAGCCUGAGUAAAAUCAACGGCAGCUGCUGGACCUUCAAGAGGACAGACAAGACCGCUGGCCUCAAUUCAGCCGACAUGGCUUCAUUUCAAACUUUGGUUCCACCUUCAACUCCUCCUUCUCUGUGCGAUAGUCGAGAGACCGCAAAGUCCAUCCCGCCAUCCUCUAAGAGUCGACGCAAAUCAGCCCACACGGUGCUUUUGGAGGACGACAGCGUGGAGGACCAUGGCGGCUGCAGGACUGGCUUAGAGGAAGCAUGGAAAGCCAAAGCCGGCAAGAGACGACGUCUGUACAAGUCCGAGUCUGAGAUUUUCCAGUCUCCGCUGUCUAAUAUAGAGUUAAGUAUGAGGCCACAGUUGGACACUAGACCGGUCAUGCCCAAGCAAAAUGCUGCCUUUAUCAAUCAGUUAAACAACAGAAAACUCGAGCAUCCUUCUUUUACCUUGAUCCUGAAGCGUGAGAGUGAAAAUCCAGGCCACAAAAGCGUGAAUCUGGUGGGAUGUCGGCAGCAGAAGCGUUGCUCCUCGGCUCCUCGCGGCAGGAGAAGAGCAAACAGCACUCCCAUAUGCUCUUCACUGGUCGUCGGAGGUGAAAGCUAUCAGCUGGCUACUCCGCCAGCACGGCCGGCCAAAGUGGUGAGGGGACACGCCUCACGCUUCCAUGCCACCACGAGACGGCGUGGCAGACCCAGAAAGCAUCCACCACCCCAGCCUUUGCUUCCAUCUCCAGCUUCCUCCUCAUCAUCAUCUAGCUCUUCCUCCUCCUCAUCAUCUUCAGCAUCGUCUUCCUCGGAGGAUGAAGAUGACGACGAAAAUGAAGCAGGAACGAGGGCGGUACAGGGCGUGGAGCCGUGCGCCUCGGUGUGUUGUCGUCUGCCGCAGCAGGACACGGUGCAGUGGGUGCAGUGUGACGACUGCGACGCCUGGUAUCACCUGGACUGCCUUCCGAACGACCGCAACCGAGCUGCAGUCCUGCUCGAUCCUAGCUCUGAAUUCCACUGUGGCUGCUGCUGAGUGGUGAUUAAAAUGGCCGGUCAGACAGAAGCAGCGCUCCUCCGAGAUCCAUAUUUAAGCAAUAAAGUCUCUGUUGUUAGACUGCCUCAUCUACUCAUUUUUAAACAUCAGACUCAGUUGUCAGGUAAUACACUAAGCCUUAGAACAUUAUGAUUUGAUUCGGACGUGAGCGAGCGGGUCGUAAUGGGCACAACCUUCUUUUGGCAACUUAGAAAGUCUGAUAGAUCUCAAUAGCAGCUUAUGGGUUCCUCCAGGGUUCUUCUAAAAUGUUAAUAUCUUCACGAAUAUCCUGGAUAAUGAUGUAUAUAGAAUCAUUAGUAACAUUCCAACGUCGCUUCAAAGAUGUUACCACAUCACAGCAUGAGCAGGAUUUUACAGCAUGAGGCUUUGUUGCACCUUAUUUUUCCAAACUGAAGCAUUUUGGACGUGCAAGACCCAGAUUUUAGUCGGUGCAGCCUAACAUCUUGAUUUUAAUGUUAUUUAUUUGAUGAACAGAUUCCAGUGCAGCAGGUGAAACACUCUGGUUCUUCACUAGGUAACCACCAGGUGUGGGUUUUAACACCUUUUGUGUGUGUGGUCCAUGCCAAGACCUUCACCAGAGUUGUGCAAUGACAGUUUGCCUUCAAAUAAAUGCCUUCUGCACGGUCACUUUACAUCCUGAGAUCAUCUCACUGGGUUCUUUUUUGGUUCAUCUGGUGUUCUACAAUUUCAUUUCAGCAUCUCUAAAUCUCUUAGGGGUGGGCUUUAACGCCAGGAGACCACAAGGUCUUGAGAAAUUCUUGUUGAAGGUGUUUGGAGAUGAUCUCUAAACUGACACCAUGGAAAGCUCCAAGGUAACAUCUGGGUAGCUUCAGUGCAGAUCCCUCCUUGUGCAGUAGCCUGUCAUGGUAGGGGCUGGACUAGGUCAACCUCCUGGAUGGGUUUGUAGAGUCCAAUGUUGGACUCUUCUGAGGGGUGACACCUAGUAUACAUAGGCUGUGAAGUCAGUCAUAGGCUAAUGUUUGACAAUGCUCUGUACUGGUCAAGGGUUCCACCUGUUCUACUUGUAUUUAUUUGAGAUCUUCAGCACCACGUCUGGGUGCAGGUCAACUCAUUCUGUCUAUCGCAAGCUGCUCUCCCUGAAGCUAGCCAUCAGUGCGUCCACUUGAGGAACUUUUAUAUAAAGUAAAUAUUUUAGCCUCCUGACUCUCUGAUGAGUCACGCCAAUUAGGUGUCUCGGAAUAGGCAGGAAGAAUCUGAUAGCCAACCAGCUCAGCGUUUUCUUACUUUAUAUUGAGGUUCUCCUGUGGUUCUGACUCUGCUUCCAGCCUCAGGGGUCUUCCUUCAAUGGUGUGAUCUUCCCUUGUAUAGUAUUCUCUAGAUGCUGUUCCAGUGAGUAGAACACAAAGUGACGUUGCAGAAGGUAUUUAAAGGUAUUGUCGUUUCUUGAAGUUCUCUGCAUGGUGAGACCAUAUUGAGGUGUUCACCACCAAAUCCAAAUACAUUAUGUUGCAAAAGGUUUUGGCAUGAUGUCUUGGUAUGCUUAAGCAUUAAGAGUUCCUUUCACUGGAACUAAAGGGCCGAGCCCAACCCCUGAAAAACAACACCUGAAUUCCAUGAUUUGGAGGGGUGUCCCAAAACCUUUGGCAAUAUAGUAUAUGUUGGAAAAUCUGCUUGAUUCAGCUAAACUAUCAUCUAAUUAGUGAAGUUGAGUCAGGACCAUGGGUACGAUAAGAGCAGGGCAUUAGGGAGCUAGUGUGUUAUGUGGAAUAAAAUUAUAAUACAUUUACUCGUCUGUUUUUUAAUAAAUCAUGGGCAGUUAUUCAAAUGAAGUUACACUGAUUAUCUUGAAUAUGGUUUUACUGGACAACAUGAUUUUAGCAGUAUGGGAAGUGACCAUGAUGUGUAGGAUAUGCUCAUUAAAAGCUCAUUGGUCAAAAUGUGGUCAGCUGCCUGCUGCCUAAUGUGGAUUGUGCAGGAAUUUCUUUCGUCACAAUCAAAUCCUGUGGAACAAAUAACGUUUUUUCUCCUUCUCGUGGAUUUUGUGUUUAAUGUGAGGUUGAUAAAAUGACCUGUGUAACCUUUUUGGUUAGUCUGAUUUGUCUGGUUAUUUACGCUGAAAAUCAAUUCUACAGAAAAAAAAAAAAAAUAUAUAUAUAUAUAUAUAUAUUAAAAAAAAAUCUGAAUAUAUUGUACAUGGAUACAGGAAAGGAAAUCCCACUUUUCUAUAAAUAAACAUUAUUUUCUCAUUUAGACCCUUGUUCAUGUUUUUGACCACGCCAGCUGCUUGGAUAACAAUCUACUGACUGCUGUGUUAUUUUCCUGGGCAUUUGUUAUUGAAGCUUUCUGAUUUAUUAUUUAAAUGCAGCAGACUAGAGGAAUGUGUUAA